AUGACCGAAAAAUUAUCAUACAAUCAUAACCUAGGAUUAGAUAUGGGUUCUGAACCUAAUCUUGCUUCUCAACAAGAAUGGAUUUUUAUUGACGAAUCAGACAUUAUUACAUCACCAGCACAGUCCCUUCGCCCACUCAUUCCAGACCAGAAUUUGCAUAUUAGUGUUCCUUUUCCUCCAGAAAUAAAUCCCGGUGAUCUUAUACGCAGAAAUAAGAACGGUGAAUUAUUAUCAAGAGCAACAAACAAAUUCUUGAUCUAUCGCAAUGAAUAUGCUAAAGAACUUCAAGCACGUGGUUUUAAGCUCUCCAUGAGAGAAGUAUCACGUAUGGCUGCUCAAUCUUGGAAAAAAGAACCACAACAUGUUAAACGUAAAUAUGAAGAUAUUGCAAGAGAAGUGGAAAAACUUCAUGUGCAGUUAUCCAUGUCUUCUUCCCCUGGUUGGGAUAGACGAAGAGGUUGUUUUACCCAAAAUCCAAAUGAGAUACAACCUAAUCAUAAAUAUCAACGUGAUCAUUGUAGUAUUUUACCCUCUGUAACUGUUCCUUCUUCAUAUGUACCAUAUCAUUAUAUUCCAUCGAUCUCUAUGCCAACUGUGCCAUCACAAAACUCAUACCCUUCAAUACAACCUGUGGAUUGUAGGCAAUCUUACUACUUUUUAGAUCAAGCAUGUGGAAAUCCUCAAAUGGACUAUAUUCAAUAUGGUGAUUUAUCAAAUCCAAAUCUUGAUAUUAAUUUCAACAAUUCCCUCGAAAGUUCUCCUGAAUCUUAUAAUUGUGAAUUACCAGUACCAGUACAAGGAAUAUUGGAACACCUUGGCACCCUUAAUUCCUUUGUCUAA